ACUACAUACCAAGACUCAAAGGCUUAAUUGGGCAGUAGUCCACACAAGAUUCCAGGUAAAGGUCUGGAGCGUUUUGUCAGUUUUCUCAUCGGAACAAAUGGCCAUCACAACAUUUUUUAUUGAACAAGAUACUCAAAAUAGCUUCACAAAUGGAGAUACCGUCAAGGGCAGAAUCAUCGUGCAGGUCUUGAAGCAAACUGAAAUCCAAGCAAUAACUUUUUUUGCAAAAGGAAAGGAAAUGUUCGCUUCGCCAGUGCAUGGCUCUAACAACCCCUCUCAGGAGACACUUUUCAACGUCAAACAAGAUAUCCUGAAAAGGGGUCCCAGAAUGAUUGAUGAAGGAAGACAUGCAUUUCCUUUUUCUUUCAAGAUCCCAAACAGAGAAAUACCAUCUUCUCCACACUGGGUUGAUUAUAAGUUAAAAGCCAAGCUCAAACAGCCAAUGAAGCAGGAGAAAGAUAUUGACAUUGACUUCACAUUCUUUCCAAAAAAAGACAUGGAAGUCCCUUCACUAAUGGAAUUUCAGCAUGUUCACGUCCAGAAAAAGAUCCGAAAAAUCUUAGGUUCUGGAAAAGUAACAAUGGAUAGUUACACCCAAAGGAUGCCAUGUAAACAAGGUUUGCACACAUAUACAUACCUAUAUACAGUGUUUUAUUAUAUACAUGCAAAGAUGCUGUGAAAAUUAUACUUUAAACUACCUCUUAACACAUAAAAUAUUUGACACAAAAAGCCCAAGCAAAUACUUACACAACUUAGUUUUUGAAAUUUAAUGAUCAAAAAGUUUGCUGAAAUAGCAUGUAAAAUUUUAACUAUACGAACUCUUAUGCACUGAGAUCCAACGAUCAGCUGUUGCUCUGUCCCUUUUGCUCACACUGAUGCUGGGGAAAAAAGCUUUUGUCCAUGCAUCUCCUUGUCCAUGGAACAUGCUACAAAGAGCCUGGAAGCUGACUGAAUUGUUCCCUCUUAAAUGCUUUUAAAUUUAAACUGAGAACAUUUGCCGGAGCCUCAGUUAUCUGUUUUAAUUGAUGUCCAUCCUCAUUUUAAUGUGUAAUGUGAAAGUAAUGUUAUGUGUAGCUUUGCUGCCUCUUGGACAGGACUCCCUUGAAUAAGAGGUUUUUGAUCUUAAUGAGAUUUUUUCCUGGUUAAAAGUUACGCAAUUUCGGCAUCCUGGAUGCGCGUGGAGUGUCACCCUCGGUGCACGGGAUCACAGCAGGCAGAAGUGAAGGUAGGAACAGCUUUUAAUAUAAAAAUACAAAAUAACACUUGUCGAAAAGGUAAAAUAAAAGUGUGCCAAUGCACGGGAAGCAGAAUACAAAACGUUAGAAAAAAAGGCAGAGUUCAAAAAGUCCAUAAAGCGCGAGCCGAGCGCGCAGAGGAAAGCUACACUUAGCAGACAGAAUACAAAUAGGUAAAAACUCACGUAACUGUUGCGUGGUGCAAACAAACUGGCGAGGAGGAACUGAGGUAGCAGGCGGUCUUAAAUACAACACAAUAAAUCGAAACAGGUGUGCUUCGGGAGUGCGUGCGGGAGGCAUAAUUAAGUAGCUAUGGUGACGAUUAUAAACAAGGAAGUGUUCAACUGAAGGGAUCGGCAGAGUCCAAACGUGAUCAAAACAUAUCCAAAGCAAACAAUAAACGAUCCGUGUAGCGGAUCGUGACACUACUCCCCCCCUUAAAACCCAAAAAACCCAAUAUACAGAGAACCCCCUCCCAAAACAAGACAGUCCAAAAGUGACGGGAGGGCGGCGGGAGGACUUGGCGGAGGGUCGGCAAGUACCGUGUCCUUGAAUCCACUGGGGACACAACAAGUUGCGGCGGCGGGUGGAAUGUCGCUGCAACCAAAGUCUGGGCGGACAGACCCGCAAAGGCCACAUUCGUGGCUGAUGAGGACGAGGGCGCGUCCUGCGAGGAAGACGCCCGGGGUAGGACCACAACUGUGGCCGGCGUGGAAGUGGACGCGCCCGCUGAGGAGGACGCCUGGGGUACGGCCACACCCGUGGCUGGAGUGGAGGUGGACGCGCCCGCUGGAGGACGUCCGGGUUACGGCCACACCCGUGGCCGGAGUGGAGGUGGAUGCGUCCGUUGAGGAGGACACCCGAGGUGAAUUAGGUCUGGCAGCAGCAGACGAAGGUGCGGGGGGCUGCAGCCGAAGCAGGUACUGAUGCUGGCGUGGAUGCCGGCAGAGGAGCUUGCGCUGACGCUGGCGAGGAUGCCGGCAGAGGAGCUUGCGCUGACGCUGGCGAGGAUGCCGGCAGAGGAGCAGGCGAGGAUGCCGGCAGAGGAGCAGGCGAGGAUGCCGGCAGAGGAGCAGGCGCGGAUGCCGGCAGAGGAGCAGGCGCGGAUGCCGGCAGAGGAGCAGGCGCGGAUGCCGGCAGAGGAGCAGGCGCGGAUGCCGGCAGAGGAGCAGGCGCGGAUGCCGGCAGAGGAGCAGGCGCGGAUGCCGGCAGAGGAGCAGGCGCGGAUGCCGGCAGAGGAGCAGGCGCGGAUGCCGGCAGAGGUGCAGGCGCGGAUGCCGGCAGAGGUGCAGGCGCGGAUGCCGGCAGAGGUGCAGGCGCGGAUGCCGGCAGAGGUGCAGGCGCGGAUGCCGGCAGAGGUGCAGGCGCGGAUGCCGGCAGAGGCGCAGGCGCGGAUGCCGGCAGAGGCGCAGGCGCGGAUGCCGGCAGAGGCGCAGGCGCGGAUGCCGGCAGAGGCGCAGGCGCGGAUGCCGGCAGAGGUGCAGGCGCGGAUGCCGGCAGAGGUGCAGGCGCGGAUGCCGGCAGAGGGUCAGGCGCGGAUGCCGGCAGAGGGUCAGGCGCGGAUGCCGGCAGAGGGUCAGGCGCUGAAGCCGGCAGAGGGUCAGGCGCUGAAGCCGGCAGAGGGUCAGGCGCUGAAGCCGGCAGAGGGUCAGGCGCUGAAGCCGGCAGAGGGUCAGGCGCUGAAGCCGGCAGAGGGUCAGGCGCUGAAGCCGGCAGAGGGUCAGGCGCUGAAGCCGGCAGAGGGUCAGGCGCUGAAGCCGGCAGAGGGUCAGGCGCUGAAGCCGGCAGAGGGUCAGGUGCUGAAGCCGGCAGAGGGUCAGGUGCUGAAGCCGGCAGAGGGUCAGGUGCUGAAGCCGGCAGAGGGUCAGGUGCUGAAGCCGGCAGAGGAUCAGGUGCUGAAGCCGGCAGAGGAUCAGGUGCUGAAGCCGGCAGAAGAUCAGGUGCUGAAGCCGGCAGAGGAUCAGGUGCUGAAGCCGGCAGAGGAUCAGGUGUCGAUGCCGGCAGAGGAGCGGGAACUGGUCUCCGUUGCGGAGCAGGUAUUGGGCUCCGCCGUGGAGCAGACACAGGGGCCCGUCGAGGAGAACAAGGAGACUGGCUGAGAGGAGGACUAGGACUACGAUGAGGGGAAACAACUAACACUUGGGCUUGGCCAAGGACUUUUGUGAGGACCAGGACUAACAAUCGGAUUAGUGCUCUUGCAAGAGCUAAGGCAAGGACCAGGACUUACAAUCUUACUGGUGCUCGGGCCAGGACUUGGACAAGGACUAAGACUAACAGUAACACUGGGGCUCGGACAAGAACUUGGGCAAGGACUAGGGUUCGGACUAAGACCACGAGGGUAAUCAGAACUAAGAUUACGAUUAUGACAAGAAACAAGACUGGUGACAGGACUCGAAACAGGACUCAAAACAGGACUCAAUACAGGCCUAGAACAAAAACUCGGACCAGGACUUGGAAUACGACUCAAUCUACAAGUCGGUCAACGAGUAAGACUAGAACACGGACUACGAAGACGGCUAGGACUUGAACUCUGACAAAGUACAGAACUGGGACUAGAACAAAGACUUGUGCACGGGCGGAACACAGGUGGAGGAAGUCUAGGAGGCCGUAAUGGCUUAACAGGACGGAACACAGGCGGAGGAGAUCUAGAGGGAAGUACAGACUUAGUCGGGGGGAACUACAGUGGAGGAGGUCUAAUGGGCCGGAGUUUCAAGUGCUGGAAUAGAGGUAGAAGAGGUUUGACCGGUUGUCGAGGUGGCUUAGUGGUUUGCAGCUGUGCUACCUCCAUAGCACGGCUGCUAAUAUUAGCCCCCCCCUCAAAACGCGAAUUCUAGGCGCGCUCCCCGAGGUCAGAAACUGACCCCAAGGGUGGGCGGCGGGAGAUUUGGAGGAGGGCAGACUCUUCCCCUCUAACCUGUCCAAAAUCCUCUCUAAGGGGAGAGGAACAAGGCACAGACUUGGGCGGGAAACGAGAAUUACGAAGCGGGGAAGCAAGUGUGGGGGCGAAGACUGACCAGAACUGUGGUGGCGAAAAAUGUCCUGAUAAUAAUUAAUCUUAGAAUUAAUGUCAUUGUUUGGCGGGUGACUGGGCUUGUGGGUGCAAUAAUUGUCCUUAUAAAUCUUCUUUAAAGAAGACAGGUCUUUGGGUGACAAAUGAGAAAAUUCUGAAUCAAAAAACUCAUCGUCACUGUUAUCAUCGAAAAAAAAAAGUCUGUGGAGAGUCUAACAAGGGGUUAAUAGUGACGUCACAGGGAAGCGGGAACGAAGUGACGUCACGUUGAGUGACAGGGGAGGCGGAAGCUUGUGCGGGGUUUAAGGAGCUAACAGAGUGGUGGUUGGAAACAGAAGAAACAAACAAGCUACCAACCCUAAAUGAAGAGUCCAGGGAUGUAGUGGUGGAGUACUUGGCUGGAUAUGCUGCUUGGUGGGGACGGAGUUCCGGAAGAUCCCACACGAGGUGACGCGUUUCAGCUCUCCAGUUUCUGUUAAGCAAUUUCGGCAUCCUGGAUGCGCGUGGAGUGUCACCCUCGGUGCACGGGAUCACAGCAGGCAGAAGUGAAGGUAGGAACAGCUUUUAAUAUAAAAAUACAAAAUAACACUUGUACAAAAGGUAAAAUAAAAGUGGGCCAAUGUACGGGGAGCAGAAUACAAAACGUUAGAAAAAAAGGCAGAGUUCAUAAAGUCCAUAAAGCGCGAGCCGAGCGUGCGGAGGAAAGCUACACUUAGCAGACAGAAUGCAAGUAGGCAAAAACUCACAUAACUGUUGCUUGGUGCAAACAAACUGGCAAGGAGGAACUGAGGUAGCAGGCGGUCUUAAAUACAACACAAUAAAUCAAAACAGGUGUGCUUCGGGAGUGCGUGCAGGAGGCGUAAUUAAGUAGCCAUGGUGACCAAUGUAAACAAGAAAAUGUUCAACUGAAGGGAUCGGCAGAGUCCAAACGUGAGCAAAACAUAUCCAAAGCAAAUAAUAAACGAUCCGUGUCGCGGAUCAUGACAUUAAAUACAAAAAAAAGAAAAAAAAGAUUUACAAUGUCGGAAAUUUUACCCCUAAAACGAAAAAAGUUAUACUUCUGUAUUUGUUUUGGAAAAAUAUUGCUCCAGAGUUCACUGCAACUCAGCUUUCAGCCCUGAACAUUAUACUGUAAACUUUGGCUACAUUCUGCAGUAAACAGCAUGAUAUAAUGCCGAAUUCCUUUAUCUUUUUAUGUAGUCAUUCACAUUUAAAAAAAAAAAAGUGAUUUUAAUGUGAAUGUAGUGGCAUCACACACGCUGCAGCAGGCGCAGUGUUUACGGGAGUAAACAUGGCUCCAAAUCUAGUAGGAGAUUAAGAAGGACGAGGGCCAGAGUUUUUGGCUCUCGCAGUUUGUGGGGGAGCAGUCGGAAUCAAGAGUGGUGAGACGUUGACGGGAGGCUCUCCAAGUGAGAGCCAAAAUCAACAAUCAGUCAAAUCAUUCAGUGAAGCCCACGUACAUAUUGUACUGGAAACAAACUGGGAUUUUGCCGGGUCAAAGGAUGAUUUCCAUGAUUCCUAUUCUUGUGGAAGAAGCCAAGCUUGUUGCCGCCCACAGCAGAAAGACUGUGGCCAAGAUGAUCACCAUCCCAAGAAGGAUGCGUCACUCCAUCUCAACCAAACCAGCAGUCAAGAAUGAGUACAUCCUGAAGGUCCAUCUUGAUAUGAAGGGGACGAGCAUCCCAAAAGUCAAGAUUCCAAUAUUUGUCCUUUCCAACGGUCUCGACUCACAACGACAACAAUUACUAGAUGAAGUUGAUCCUGGAUUUCCUGGAUAUGACAACACCAAGAGUGAUGGGGGACGGCCAAAAACAAAAUCCCGGUCUUUAGACGUGCCCCUUAACUUCAAAGACAUUAAAAACGAGACUUACCUUUUGACUUGAUGAAGACUAACUAAGGAUGGUAUGUUUUUUGUACGGUAUGGUUUUUGUUUUUUGAAAACAAACAGUCAGGGGUAGAGGAUGCGUCUGUGGCAUUGUACGGGUCUUCUGUACGGGAGUACUUUGGUAGACCUGCCAGCUGUGCAUUCAGUCCCAACCACAGACAACUGGAACAUAAGACGUUCUGCUCAUCAAAAUAGUGAUAAAUUAGACAUGUGGAGUCUGCAUGUUCUCCCCGUGACUGCGUGGGUUCCCUCCGGGUACUCCGGUUUGCAGCUGGGAUUUGCUCCAGCACACCCGAAAGGGACAAGCGGUGGAAAAAUGGAUUGAUGGAUAGACGUGCAAUGACGUAUAUGCUAUCUCUCUGAUUGGCGCAUAAGAGUCGUCUCACAGAUGGACACAGCGCAGACUUUUACCCAUAACAAGUAUCAAGCUCAGACAAAAGUGCAUAGUAGAAGACUGGAUUGCAAAUACCAAAUGUUGGCAGAUCUGUUCCUAAAAAAAAUGUAUUGGAUUUUCUAAAUAAUUUUAAGAUUAUUGGGAUUCAUGGUAUUCUGGGGUGUUGAAAAUAAUAACAAAAAUGAACCCAAACCCAUGGAUUUUGUCAACCGUUCCACCUCUGAGAGAAAUGUGAACAUUUAUCGUGAAGCUACUCAUUUAUAUAUGGGGCGGCGUGGCCCUGUUGGUUGAGUGCUCAUGCCAGCAACUUGAGGGUUCCUGGUUCGAUCCUCGCUUCUGCCAUACCAGUCACUGCGGUUGUGUCCUUGGGCAAGAUACGUAACCCACCUGCUCAAGGUGCCACCCAUACUGGUUUACAUGUACCUUAAAGAUAUAGAUAAUGGGUUUCACUUUGUAAAGCGCUUUGAGUCUCUAGAGAAAAGUGUUGUAUAAAUAUACUUCACUUCACAUUAUGACAUGAUGUCAUCAUUUCAUUAUUAUUAUACUCUGUCAUGUCCUGUGCUGGUUUUGUUCUAAUUCUUCUUUAAAUUUAUGUUUGUCAGCAUUUCUAACCCUCCUUUGUUUACGUUCUUGUUGCAAGGAGUGCCUGAGCUCAUGCACCUGUUUCUGUUUCUUGAUUAGUGUCUCCACCUGCCGCUGCCACUAAUCACUUUCGUUUAUAUGUCCAUGUCACUCUGCUUGUCUUUGCCGGAUUUUUGUUCGCUCUACGCGACAGUUACGCGCCUUCUUUGCUGCAAGACUUUCUUGCUAAAGGGGGACAUCAUCACCAGACCUAUGUAAGCGUCGAUAUAUACCUUGAUGUUGCAGAAAAAAGACCAUAUGUUUUUUUAACCGAUUUCCAAACUCUAAAAGGGUGAAUUUGGCGAUUGAAACGCCUUUCAAUUGUUCGCUGUCGGAGCGAUGACCUUUCACCCGUGACGUUACAACGGGAAGCAAUCCUCCAUUUUCUCAAACACAUUACACACACCAAGUCAAAUCAGCUCUGUUAUUUUCCGUUUUUUGGACUGCUUUCCGUACCUUGGAGACAUCAUGCCUCAUCGGUGUGUUGUCGGAGGGUGUAACAACACGAACAGGGACGGAUUCAAGUUGACUUACGUGGAGUGUGCAUCGAUUAGCACGGCAUGCUAAUCGAUGCUAACAUACUAUUUAGGCUAUCUGUAUGUACAUAUUGCAUCAAUUUGCCUCAUUUGUAGCUAUAUUUGCAUCCAGCCUUUCCCUCCACCCACAUUUAAUGCCAAACAAACACAUACCAAUCGACGGAUUCAAGUUGCACCAGUGUCAAAAGAUGCGAAAGUCCCUCGUUUGUUCUGCACAUUUUACCGACGAUAGCGAUGCUACGACAGAGAUGUGUGGAUAUCCUGCGACACUCAAAGCAGAUGCAUUUCCAACGAUAAAGUCAACAAAAUCACAAAGGUGAGUUUUGUUGAUGUUAUUGACUUAUGUGCUAAUCAGACAUAUUUGGUCAUGGCAUGACUGCAAGCUAAACAAUGCUAACAUGCUAUUUAGGGUAGCUGUAUGUACACUUGUAGCUAUAUUUGCAUCCGGCCUUUAUUCCCUCCCCCCACAUUUAAUGCCAAACAAACACUUACCAAUCGAUGUAUUUAAGUUGCUCCAGUGGUCAAAAGAUGCAAUCGUUGGUUAGAAGGCGAUCGCUGAUUAGCUUCAAUAGAGAUUCGCUCAAUAGCUUCAGUUUCUAAUUCAAUUUCGUUUUCGCUAUCUGCCUCCACACUCGAACCAUCCCAUCCGUUUCAAUACAUGCGUAAUUUGUUGAAUCGCUUAAGGCACUGAAAUCCGAGUCUGAAUCCAAGCAAAGGUCGCUAUAUCUUUCUGUUGUGAAGUGAAGUGAAUUAUAUUUAUAUAGCGCUUUUUCUCAAAUGAUUCAAAGCACUUUACAUAGUGAAACCCAAUAUCUAAGUUACAUUCAAACCAGUGUGGGUGGCACUGGGAGCAGGUGGGUAAAGUGUCUUGCCCAAGGACACAACGGCAGUGACUAGGAUGGCCGAAGCGGGAAUCGAACCUGCAACCCUCAAGUUGCUGGCACGGCCACUCUACCAACCGAGCUAAACCGUGUUCUAUCCGCCAUGUUUGUUUGUAUUGGGGUCACGCAGUGACGUCACAGGAAAAUGGACGGGUGGAUUUACAGAUAGUGAAAAUCAGGCUCUUUAAAGCCUUUUUUGCGGGAUAUUCCAUGAUGGGUAAGAUUUUGAAAAAAACUUCGAAAAAUAAAAUAAGCCACUGAGAACUGAUUUUUAUUGGUUUUAACCCUUCUGAAAUUGUGAUAAUGUUCCCCUUUAACCAUUGGCGACCAUUGGAGUUUGUUAGCUUCACGCUAGGCUAAUGUCCUGUAUGGUUGUGUGCAUCGUACUGAAAUUAAACAAGCAUUCGUACCUGCUUCCUGCGGUCCUUCAUCCUGGGAGACACCACCUUCGCAGAAAUGAUCGUAACAUUAUUUCCCUUUCACUUCCCUUGCCUUCUACUGUUUACCGGAGAACCUCAGGGCUGCAGAGAAUGUUCAUGUUUUUAAGAGCAGGCUCAAAACCCACAUUUUGGGGUUUGCUUUCAUUUAUUAAUUAUUCAUAAUAUUUGAUUUAUUUGCAGGUUAAUUUUAAUUCUUAUUUAUUGGUAGACUGUUUUCUGUUAUAUUUAUGUAUUGUAUAUUUACCGUACAGAUAUUUAUCAUCUUCAUGAUAUUGUUUUUACUUACAUAUUUUUCUUUAUUCUUGCUCUUGUGAUAGUGUUUCAUCACCUGACACCUUUGUAUUCAGCAUUAUUAAUGUGUUUGUGUGUUUGGUGAUUGGGUGAAUGGGGGACCCAGGGUCAUCAAGACAUUGUUUUUAAGUCUGUAAAGCACUUUGGGGUGUUGCAUUUUUUAUGAAUGUUUUAUCAAAUAAAGUUGGUAUUUAUUUGUCUACA